AUGUCAGCACCCCCAGGCGUCAAUGCCCAACUGCGCCAGCUCGUACACUACCACCUGGACAACGGCUUCGUUGAAAACGCCCUGUUCCUUGCCGGCCGCCUGCACGCUCUCGACCCCCGCAGCCCGGACGCAGCGCAUCUCCUUGCUCUUUGCAACUUCCGCCUGGGACGAUACAAGCAAGCCUUGGACGAUGCGCGAUCCAAGAACGCCCACACGCAACAUCUGGGAUGCGCCUAUGUCUUCGCCCAGGCCUGUCUUGCCCUCGGCCGCUAUGAGCAGGGAGCCCAGGUGUUGGAGAAGGUGCGCGGUUUAUGGGCAGGACGUAACCACUGGAACAAGCAUUCCGAGACGUCACGACGACAUGUACCCGAUUCCGCCGCCUGCUACUGUAUGUUGGGAAAGCUAUACGCAGCACACGGCGACUCCAAAAAGGCUAUUGAUUACUUUGUCGACGCGCUCAAGAUCAACUCCUUCAUGUGGGAUGCCUUCACCGGCCUUUGCGAUAUAGGCGCUGUCGUCCGCCCCCACAACAUAUUCAAAAUCACGCCCGAUAUGCUCCCUCCCGUCCCUGCUUCCUCCAACUUCCACUCCAGGCUGAACGGCCGCAGCACACGACCCAACUCAUAUCAUGAUGCCGAAAACCCCUUUGGCAACGGCCAGGACAUACACGACGAGCAAGCCAUGAUGGGCGAGGUCGGCGGUCCAGUCCAGAUGCGCCCCAUCACUUCCAGAGUUCGCACCAAGACCAAUCCCGAGGGCGACCAGACGGACAUCCCCCGGCCCGUACACCAGAACGGACAUAAGAGAACCGUGUCUGGCCAUUCUCUGCAGCAAUCGCAGCCACAGCCACAGCCCCAAUCGCAACCACCUCCACAACCUCACCCGCAUUCACAACCACAGUCGCAACCGCUCGAUCUCACGGCAGCGCCCCCACGACGCAGUGUACGAUUGUUGAACUCCAUUACUCAGAUUCGGCCCUCGAGUAGCAGACCAGGAGGUACAUCAAGCAGAGAACUUGAGUCGAAAGAGCGGCGCGAACUGCGGAGAGCAAGGGCGGCAGCUCCCACCAAGCCGCGAUCAGCGACUGGCUCGACUGUAGGCAGAGUUGUUAGUGGCAACAGGAAACCCCAUGUCGACACCUCUGAACCCUCAAAGCCAGAGAGCAGGCCGACGAGCGUGGCUGCCACGGCUGUUGCACCACCCCCUAGAAUGGCUCCGCCUGCAGAUACUUCGCGGGAGCGGGAGCGGGAGCGGGACGCCUUGAGCUGGUUACUUGAUCUACUCCUCAAGAUAGCUUCUGGAUACCGCCAUCUGAGUCGAUACGAUGCAGCAAAAGCACUCGAGGCAUUCGGAGUUGUGCCCAAAACACAACGAGAAACGCCUUGGGUCCUGGCGCAAAUUGGCAAGGCUCACUAUGAGCGCACCCAUUACGCAGAGGCAGCCAGCACGUUUCGAAAGAUACGAGAAAUGGCCCCUUCCUCUGCAGAACACAUGGAAGUGUAUUCCAACACUCUCUGGCAGCUCAGAGACGAGGUAGCUCUGGGUCACCUCGCGCACACGCUGAUGGACCAGGACCGCCUCUCCCCACAGGCUUGGUGUGCGUUGGGCAACGCCAGCUCUAUAAAUGGACAACACGACGAGGCUGUCAAGUGUUUUUCUAGAGCUACGCAACUGGAUCCAAAGUUCGCCUAUGCUUUCACCCUUCAAGGUCAUGAGCAUGUAGCGAAUGAAGAAUUCGACAAGGCCAUGGCGGCCUAUCGUAAUGCUAUUAGCGCGGACAACAGGCACUACAAUGGUUGGUAUGGCCUUGGAAAUGUUUACGAGCGUCUGGGCAAGUACGAGGUGGCUGAGAAACACUAUCGGGCGGCGGCGGAGAUCAACCAGAACAACGCCAUGCUCCUUGUUCGUGUAGGCUUGGUUCUGGACCGCAUGAAGAAGACUGAGCCUGCGCUGUUGCAAUUCGAAAACGCAAUUAAAAUCGAACCGCGCUCCGUCAUGGCACGCUUCCGCAAAUCGCAGGUUUUACUCAAGCUGAACGUACCGCAAGAGGCCCUACAUGAGCUGCUCUACCUCAAAGACGCUGCACCCGACGACCCGAAUAUCCACUUCCUGCUUGGUAGGUGUUACAAGAAGUUGCGAGACCGCGCGAGCGCGAUUCGACACCUUACGAUUGCUAUGAACUUGGACCCAAAGAGUCAUGGAGUUAUUAAAGAGGUCAUGGAGAGUAUUGAUCAGGAAGAUGAUGGCGCAUGGAGCAGUGAGGAUGAACAUUAA